UGAGAGGAGGGGACAGCAAGUCAGGCUGGCAAUGAAGGGACAUCUCUCCACUCCGGUGCUGUGGCUUCUUCUCCUUACAAUUCGGGACAUAGCAGGUGCUGACGAGCUGAGGCUGGUGAAUGGAGGCAGCCCCUGUGCCGGGAGAGUGGAGGUUAAACACCAGGAUCAGUGGGGGACGGUGUGUGAUACCAACUGGGACAUGGAAGAUGCUGAGGUGGUUUGUAAGCAGCUGGGAUGUGGAGCUGCUGUCAGUGCCCCUGGCCUGGCUCAUUUUGGACCAGGAUAUGGACCAAUUUGGCUGGAUAACGUUGCCUGUCAUGGUAUUGAGUCUGCUCUCUGGCACUGUGGGAACAUGGAAUGGAAAUUGCAGAACUGUUUUCAUGACUGGGAUGCUGGAGUGACCUGUUCAGGACACAUUAAGCCUCGGCUGGUUGCAGGGGACAAUGCCUGCUCAGGACGUGUGGAGAUAAUACAUGGAAACACAUGGACCACAGUCUGUGAUGCACAAUUUGAUCUCAAAGUUGCCAACGUUAUUUGUAAUGAACUUCAAGGUGGAAUAGCUGCAUCUAUCCCAGGAGGAGCUCACUUUGGAGAAGGACAAGGAAAGAUCUUGACUGAAGAAUUCCAGUGUGUGGGGAAUGAGUCUCUCCUGCUCUCCUGUCCCAGAAAAUCACAAGAAAAUCAGACGUGCUCACACACAAAUGAUGCUAGUGCCAUAUGCUCACAGUACACAGGGUUCCAGCUGGUGAACGGCAGCAUAGCGUGCUCAGGAAGGGUGGAGACCCAGGUUCUUGGUGCCUGGGGAACCCUCUGUGAUUCACGCUGGGAUUUACUGGAUGCCAACAUUCUCUGUCAUCAACUCGACUGUGGGUUUGCUGUAUCGGCUCCGGGAGGAGGGUAUUUUGGGAAGGGAAAUGGCUCUGUCUGGACAGACACAUUUUACUGCAAAGGGACUGAACCCCAUUUGGGCCAUUGCCCUGUUACUGCCCUGGGAGCCUCUCAGUGCUCACAUGACAAUGAUGCCAGUGUGAUUUGCUCAGGUGGUUCUGAAUCACUCAGACUGCUGAAUGGAGAGAGCCGGUGUGAUGGGAGAGUUGAGAUUUCCCUCCAUGGUGCAUGGGGCAGAGUGCUGGAUGACCAGUGGGACAUGGAUGAUGCCAGUGUGGUGUGCAGGGAGCUCCAGUGCGGAGUCGCUGAGAAAGCUUAUAACCCCCCUAAGUCUGAGCGAGGAACGGGCCCUGUGGGGCUGAGAAAUGUCCAGUGUGAAGGAAACGAGACUAAUCUAACGCUCUGCAUCAUCUCCACAUCUGAGGCAGAGCAGGCAGGAAUUGCUGAGGAUGUUGGCGUCGUUUGCUCAGGAACUAAAGGGAAACCACCUCAGACCCUGUUUACUGAAUGCCCGAACUCUACAAGCUGCACAGACAGGGAGAAGUUAUGUGUCAUGGGAGGAGAGGACAGAUGCUCGGGGAGAGUGGAGGUUUGGUACCGUGGCUCCUGGGGAACAGUUUGUGAUGACUCCUGGGACAUGGCAGAUGCUAACGUUGUGUGUAAACAACUGGGCUGUGGAUCUGCUGUAUCUGCCCCGGGCGAGGCUGCAUUCGGUGAGGGGACUGGUCCCAUCUGGGUGGAGACGUUGAAUUGCAGAGGGACAGAGUCAUCUCUCUGGGACUGUCCUGCCAAGCCCUGGGGUGAGAGCAACUGAGGUCAUAAGGAAGAUGCUGCCGUGAAUUGCUCAGCAUGUGCAACCCCGUCUCCUCUGAGGCUGGCGGAUGGAGGCAGCCCCUGUGCCGGGAGAGUGGAGGUUAAACACCAGGAUCAGUGGGGGACGGUGUGUAGUUAUCGCUGGGACAUGGCAGAUGCUGGGAUUGUCUGUAAGCAGUUGGGAUGUGGAGCUGCUAUCAGUGUCCAUCUUAAUGCUCAUUUUGGAGCAGGAUCUGGACCAAUUUGGCUGGACAGAGUUGCCUGUGAUGGUACCGAGUCUGCUCUCUGGCACUGCGGGAACAGGGGAUGGGAAGUGCAUAACUGUCAUCAUGGCUGGGAUGCUGGAGUGACCUGUUCAGGACACAUUGAGCUCCAGCUGGAUGGAGGGGACAAUGCCUGCUCAGGACGUGUGAAAGUAAGACGUGGAGACACCUGGGCUACAAUCUGUGAUGCACACUUUGAUCUCAAAGCUGCCAGUGUUAUCUGUAAUGGACUACAGUGUGGAACAGCUCUAUCUAUCCCAGGAGGAGCUCACUUCGGAGAAGGACAAGGACCAAUCUGGCCUGAGGAAUUCCAGUGUGUAGGGAAUGAGUCACACCUCAUCUACUGUCCCAGGAUAUCACAUGGGAGUCAGACGUGCUCACAUGCAAAUGAUGCCAGUGCCAUAUGCUCACGGUACACAGGAUUCCGGCUGGUGAACGGCAGCACAGCGUGCUCAGGGAGGGUGGAGAUCCAGGUUCUUGGUGCCUGGGGAACCCUCUGUGACUCACGCUGGGAUUUACCAGAUGCCAACGUGCUCUGUCAUCAGCUCGACUGCGGAUUCGCUGAAUCAGUCCCAGGAGAAGCGUAUUUUGGGAAAGGAACCGGCUCUGUCUGGACAGACACAUAUCACUGCAAAGGGACUGAACCCCAUUUGAGCCAUUGCCCUGUUACUGCCCUGGGGGCCUCUCAGUGCUCACACGACAAUGAUGCCAGUGUGAUUUGCUCAGGUCGUUCUGAAUCACUCAGACUGCUGAAUGGAGAGAGCCGGUGUGAUGGGAGAGUAGAGAUUUCCCUCCGUGGUGUGUGGAGCAGAGUGCUGGAUGACCAGUGGGACAUGAAUGAUGCCAGCGUGGUGUGCAGGGAGCUCCAGUGCGGAGUCGCGGAGAAAGCUUUUAACCCCCCUAAGUCUGAGCAAGGAACAGGCUCCGUGGGGCUGAGAAGGGUCCAGUGUGCAGGAAAUGAGACUCGUCUGACUCUCUGUGACAACUCCACGUCUGAGUCAGCCCAGGCAGGAAUCGCUGCAGAUGUCGGUGUCGUUUGUUCAGGGAGCAGGCAGAUCAGACUUGUGAAUGGGACAGGUCGCUGUGCUGGGAGAGUGGAGAUUUAUUACAGCGGCAGCUGGGGGACAGUCUGUGAUGAUUUCUGGGACCUACCGGACUCCAGUGUCGUCUGCAAACAACUGGGAUGUGGACAUGCCAUCAAUGCAACUGUCUCUGCUCAUUAUGGGCAAGGAUUCGGGCCGAUCUGGCUGGAUGAUGUGAACUGCUCGGGGAAUGAAUUCGAUCUCUGGGCGUGUCCUUCCAGGGGCUGGGGCCAGCACAACUGCAGACACAAAGAGGACGCGGGAGUUCUCUGCUCAGGUCUGUUUUAUCUGAGGCUGGUGAGCGAUAGUGACUGUGCUGGGCGGCUGGAGGUUUUCUACAAUGGGACGUGGGGCAGUGUUUGCUCCAAUCAGAUGUCUGGAGUCACCCCAGCAAUUGUCUGCAAACAACUGAACUGUGGGGAUGGAGGGCAGAUUGCAAAAGACUUUGAAUAUGGAGCAGGUUCUGGUCCCACGUGGCUGGACCAUGUUGCAUGCAGUGAGCAGAACAGCUCCCUCUGGCAGUGCCCGUCAGAGCCCUGGAAUCCAAAGUCAUGUGAUAACCGAGCAGAAGAGACCCAUAUUUCUUGCAUUGAAAAAAAAGCAAAACCAACUCAGACCCUGUUUGCCGAAUGCCCAAACUCUCCAAGCUGCACAGACCAGGAGAAGUUACGUGUCGUGGAAGGAAAGGACAGAUGCUCGGGGAGAGUGGAGGUUUGGUACCGUGGCUCCUGGGGAACAGUUUGUGAUGACUCCUGGGACAUGGCGGAUGCUAAUGUUGUGUGUAAACAACUGGGCUGUGGAUCUGCUGUAUCUGCCCCGGGCGAGGCUGCAUUCGGUGAGGGGACUGGUCCCAUCUGGGUGGAGAAGGUAAACUGCAGAGGGACAGAGUCAUCUCUCUGGAACUGUCCUGCCAAGCCCUGGGGUGAGAGCAACUGUGGUCACAAGGAAGAUGCUGCCGUGAAUUGCGCAGGUGUGACAGAGAGGACAGAUUUUCCAAAUACUCCAGGUCCCCCGCGACGCCCUCCGACCGACAGUGGGAGAGUCACGGUGCCCCUGAUCAUCUGCAUUAUCCUGGGGGCCCUGCUCUGCCUGGUCUUAAUCACUGGGGCGCAGGUGCGAAGUGCCAGGGCACAGCGCAGAGGUUCCAGAAGACCCUUGGAUCCCUUCUCUGAGGCUGUGUACGAGGAGAUUGAUUAUAACCUGAUGAGAGAGAAGCAGGAGAUGUUCAGUCGCUCAGUCUCCUAUUCAGGUGACUCAGUGACGAAGCUGCAGUAUUACACCGGAGAUAGCGAGGGGGAAAAUGAUCCUGGAUCAGAACAAGAGGGAGCUUCUCCGGAGGGGUCUCAGUUGGAUUACGAUAACGUGGAGGAGCCUGCCUUGAAUGACGUCCCCCAGACUCCAGGCGGCCGAGAUGCCCCUGUCCUGGCUGGAGACGUCCCAGGGGCUGGUUAUGAUGAUGCCAGAGACGUGUCUGAUCCUGAAGAUGACCCUGGUUUGAGGCAGAAUUAUGAGGAAGGCCCAGGGGCGAGUGACAGGAAUAGGGAUUCACAGACAGGUUGGAAUCUGCACUCGCUAAGGAGUGAAAGUGUCUCUGGGAUGGAGAAAGAAACCCUGUUCCUGCCUCCUGGAGACACAAGUUAUGAUGACGUGGGACAUGGUGACUCUGGGGGAUCAGUAUCAGAACAAUGUGAUUGGACCAAAUAA